AUGAAGCCCUCUUUGGUGACUAGUCUCAUUGCAUUUGCAAAUGGAGCAUACGCCCAUGGAGGUGUUUAUUCGUACGAAAUUGAUGGUGUGCAUUAUGAUGGGUACAAAUGGUUCGACCCACCAGACAACCAAACUAAUCUCAUGCAACGUCGAUGGUACUACUGGCCCGUCCAAGAUCCGCUCUCAGAAAAUAUAACCUGCAAUUACAACGGCGCCGCAGUCCCUUCGGCUUUCCACGCCCCCGUCCACGCCGGCCACACCAUUACCGCAAACUGGUCCAACAACUACCCCUUCGACAAACCCGGCGAACCCUUCUACUGCGACCCCGCCAUGACGAACCGCACUUGUCCCGCCGGCUUCACCUGCGACUUCUCCUGUAUGUACCACCACUGGUACCACGGACACGGACCUCUAACAGCCUACCUUGCCCGUUGUCCCCCUUCCCCCAACGGCUGCUCUGACGCCAAUCCCUCCACCCUUUCGUGGUUCAAAAUCGCUGAAGAAGGCCUGCGGCCAAACCAUAGCAUCACUGACGCUGGAGCAUGGAUGCAAGGUGAUUUAGGGGCGACAGUGGACCAUGCAGCUCCAGGCUGGACUGUGCGAAUCCCCGCGAGGCUCCGGGCUGGGAAUUAUUUGAUUCGGCAUGAAAUCCUGAUGAUUGAGCUCGAUCCACCGCAAUUCUAUCCGGAGUGUGCACAGUUGGCGAUUGAGGGUGAUGGGGAUGCAGAGCCCGGACAGGAGUAUUUGGUCAAGUUUCCUGGGGCGUAUCAGUGGAGUGAUCCGGGGAUUAAGGUUAGUGGAACGUUGUACUAUCCCGAGGGUAGGGCUACAAGGAAUUAUACUGUGCCUGGGCCAAAGAUAUGGACAGGGGAAUUUUGAGAUAACGGUUAAAAAUGGGGGGAUGAACUGAGCGGGCGUGGAAAGAAACAAAGGAGAUCUGAAGAG